GAUCUACUCUUUGUGAAAGAGUUCCAAAAUGGGUCAGUUCGACAACAGUGACACCUAUCAUUGGUUAUAGCUGGUACAACGACCCUGCGAAGUAGUCCGGCAUAUAUAGUGAAGGCAGGUACUCAUUUCAAACUUCUCCACUUUGCUUGCUGUAACCCACUCUAUCAACAACAACCCUUGCGAAGUAAAGAUGUUGCGAGCUAUUGUGUUAGUCUCUGUUGUUGUGCUUCACUUGGCAGCAGGAUGGCCCACGGGAGCCCCAAGCAAAGCAUGCGAAGCUAUGCUUCCCAAACAUGGCAGUAACCGACCCCAGCCAGCUCAUUCAUCUCCUUAUUCAUUUGUACAAUCUACAGACUCUUACAGGCCUGGAGACCAAGUUAUUGUCUAUGUCCAAGCCCCAACAGGUACACCAUUUAAAGGAAUGAUGGUACAAGCUUACGAUCCCCGAACAAACAAUACUAUUGGAGAAUUUUUGGAAGGAGUAGGCUUGAAAAAAAUUCCUGAAUGCGCUAGCAUGUCUCACAGCGACAACAGAGACAAGAAAUCAGCUACUUUAGUGUGGGUAGCUCCUCAAGAUUCAGGAAACGUUAGAUUCAGAGGUACAAUUGUUCAGCAGUUUAACACUUUCUACCAUGGACUUUCAGCUACUGUACAGAAAGUCUGAAAAGGAACGGGAUUCGUACUUGUUUUAUUGAAGUAUAAAACUUAACCAGUAUCCACAUGAAUCCAUUGAAAGAAUCUAACUAUUCGUAUUAAAAAUACAUUCUAAGAUAAAUGAAUUUACUACUUUAAUCAUUCCAAAUGCUCAGCAAAAUAGUUGUUAAAUUUAUCAUUGUCUGCUAAAUGCCUAAAAAGUAGGUAAAAUUAAUGGAAUGACUCCUUAAAUUUUUAUAAAAAUUUAUUGAAAAUAUUAAGUAACAUUAAGCUAUAAUGUUUUUCAAUUAAAAAAGAUUCUUUAACAUUUUAAUAUACAUCUUUUUGAAAGGAAAAUUCCUUCUAAUAUAUUGAAUGAAUGAAAAUUUACUUUUGAAAUUGUAUAAGAAUCUUCAUUUGAAAUCUGUACUUGUGUAUACGAUUCGGUUAUAAAAUUGUUUUUCCCACUUCUGAUACGCACUGAAAUACGACACAAAUCAGAUUUCUCAAAUAAAAUUUUAUUGAAUCCAUUCCAACGGAGUUCCAAACUACAUUUUAUAAAGUCUGGAAAGAGAAAUUCUGGUUUGAACAAAAUUGUACAAGAAUAAUUAUUAUUGUAUCAGUAUUUGUAAUGUAUAGUAGAUUGUACAAAUUAUGUAGCAAUAUUCUUCAGUUCACUUUAUCACCCACCAUAUAAAUACAUUGAAGUUUAUACUUGUUUACUCUUUUUUUAUUGUUGAUUUUAGUUACUGUAAAAUUGCUUACACAUUUGGUUAACUUUUAAUAAAAGUUUUUUUUU